GCUUAUGCAGUUUAACGGUGAAAGCUUCGUGCCUCCUUCAUACCUUGAAAACGGAUAUAUACUCAAAAAGGGGGAAGGGGGGGUUAGAAGCUACUGAUGCCUUUUGGUCAUUGUGCACAAAUUGAUAGACCGGCCACAUUAGAGAGUCAGAUUCUCCACCGGUCCCCCUUCACUCCUCUGUCACAGCUGUUACCUCUAGUUUGUUUGUGUUUGUAGUGUUUGUGUUUACAGUUCAUCAGCAUUUCAAAGUUUGCCUCUCAGGACAGAUGCAAAUGUGAUUCCCAGCUUAACUCCACCCAACAUCUCAUCUCAUGUCUGGGUGUGCAGUAACCUCAAACCAUUUUCUCACUCCAAACUCAUUCACUACCGCCGCUUGGUCAGUGCCCCUCGGCGUCUGACACCGACGCCCCUCGGUGCCCUUUAGCGCCGGAACGCACCGGGCUUUCAACAACUAACUAACUUUGUAAUUAUUUGGGGCUUAGUUGUUUUUGCAGCAGGCAAAGUAAGGUAGCAGAGAUUUCUCUUUAUUUAGUUUUUUCAUUAUUUUGUAACAUUCCUUAAUCUAUAUAUUCUUUUUCUGGGUAAAAGUGAGGAUUAUGAGAUAGUAAGUUUAGUAAUAUUAUAAUAGUAAGCUUCCUAUUUCAAAAUGUUGCCAUUCAGUAUCACAAUUGUUUUUCUUUACCUGGCAGAAAUUGUCUUCCAUAAAACUGAGAUUUUGAUUUAUUCACUAACAUGUUUGUCUUGAGCAUUUACAGUACCAUCAUCGAUUAAAAUAUCGAUGAAUGUGCAAUAUAUCACAAGUUGCUGUGUGUAGUCCUCGCCACAAGAGAUCAGCCCAACUGAACAGUUGCUAAGCAACGAGAGAGAGAGAGAGAGAGAGAGAGAGAGAGAGAGAGAGAGAGAGAGGUGUGGCUUUGUCCCUGCUGAAGCAGCGGUGUGUUUUCAAAUGUGAAUGGUGAGCUGCAGUGAAACGUGUGUGAGCCUUCCAGCUUCAGGAAUACAGUGGAUUUUGGUCCCACCUCCACGAUGACAGAUACCAACGGUGAGGCCAAGCUGGGCCCUCCCAUUAUCAUGUGCACGCGCUCCUACCCAGAAUGCAGUGUGUACGGCGAGGGCUGUGGCCCCGACGGGGAGUGCGACAUGGACAGCAGCGCCGAAAACGGCAACGGCUCCGACUCGUUGCAUCCAACGAGGCGACACGGCCACCUGAUUGGCUCAGCGUCUGCGUCCGUCAUCUCCGGGGAGGAGCAGUUCGAGGACUACGGCGAGGGGGAGGACGUGGAUUUUACUCCCAGCAGCCCUUGUCCUGAAGAGGACACCCGAACGAAUGGCUUCUCAGACCUGGGAUCCUCCCUUCCCUCCAGUGCUGGCCAGACUCCUCAGAAGAUGCGGCAGCUGUAUAACAGUGAUCUGCUGGACAUCUACUGUUCUCAGUGCUGCAAGAAAGUGAAUCUGCUCAACGACCUGGAGGCUCGACUUCGAAACCUCAAGGCCAACAGCCCUAACCGAAAGAUUACCAGCACAGCAUUUGGUCGUCAGCUGUUCCAGGCCAACCACAGUGUGUUUGGGUCCAGCCAGGGCAGCAGCACAGAGGAUCUGUUCACGGACAGCAUCGACUCCUGCGACCUCGACAUCACAGAGAAAGUCAGUUUUCUGGAGAAGAAGGUGACUGAGCUGGAGAGCGACAGUCUGGCCAACGGUGACCUGAAGUCUAAACUCAAACAGGCGAACACACAGCUGGUACACAGGGUGCAUGAGCUGGAGGAGCAGGUGAAGGAUGCAGAGGCGAGGGCAGAUCAGAGUCUGGAGGAGGAGACCAAGAGGCACCGGGAGGCUUUCAGCAAGAUGGACAGGGACAGAAACGUAGAGAUAGACCUGCUCUGUAACAGGGUACAGCUGUUAGAAGAAGAGAAUGGAGAGAUGAAGUUAAACGUGUGCAGACUCAAGUCGCAGACUGAGAAACUGGACCAGGAGAAGCAGAGGAUGACGGACAAGCUGGAGGACACUGGUCUGAGGCUGAAGGAUGAGAUGGACCUCUACCGGAAGAUAAUGGACAAGCUCUGGCAAAACCGCCAUGAGUUUCAGAAGGAAAAAGUGGCCAUGCAGGAGUUGAUCGAUGAUCUCCGCCGGGAGCUGGAGUAUCUGCAGCUGUUUAAGCUGGAGAUGGAGCAUCCAGGACAGGGCAAGGGGCUCUCUGAGUUCAACGCCAGGACCAGAGAGAUCGAAAUGGAGCACGAAGUCAAGAGACUGAAACAGGACAACCACAAGCUGCGGGACCAGAACGACGACCUGAACGCUCAAAUUCUCAGUCUGAGUUUGUACGAGGCCAAGAACCUGUUUGCCUGUCACACCAAGGCCCAGUGCCUGGCAGCUGAGAUCGACAACGCAUCCAGGGACGAGCUGGUCGACGCUUUGAAGGAGCAGGAGGAGAUCAACCUGCGUCUCAGGCAAUACAUGGACAAAAUCAUUCUGGCCAUUCUCGACCACAACCCCUCCAUCCUGGAGAUCAAGAGUUAAACGCCAUACACACACACACACGCUUGUGUUUCUGUAGUUGUGGGGACCGUUAACUGAUAUAUUAGCUUGUACCUUUAAAGUUGUAAUCCUUUUAUGAUUUUAGCUAAACAAACUCAUGUUGAUUCGAUAAACAAGUCAGUCAAUAAUGGUAGCAUGUGCAACUGCCAUCCGAGUACAUGCUGCAUACUCCCAUGUCUUGUUUUGUGGUCGCAUAGUUGACGAAUGAUCGGAUUUGAGACGACCUGCGCUUCCUGACUUCUUCACAGUAAAAGCGGUCCAGCGGCAGUGGGACAUGUCGAUUAGCAUUAGCAGUGAUGCCGGAUUACAUGCUGUGUAUUUCCCUGUCAAUCACUCGCUCGUGUGAAGGCAAUUUGAAUCCAGCGAGGGAAUGGCGGACCCCACCACCAACAAUAAAAACCGCGAGAUAAAUGCUGAAUAGCUAUUGCUGAAAAAUGCUGACCAUGAAUAGUAUUAAAAACAGGGUAUGGUUUCAUGGACGUCUAAGGGAUUAUAACUUUAAACUGAAGCCCAAAUUCUGAAUGUCCUAAAUGUUGUUACGACUGACCACACACAAAUAUAUAUCUACACCACCACAGCAGGCGGUCUUCAUAUCCACUAGAACGGAACGCUUGUUUAUGAUGCAGUCUGUCAAUCACUGUAGAUCUGCUGUGCCAUGUAUAGUCUGUCCGCCAACGUUUUAUAGUUAUAUAUUUGAAACUACUGAAAUACUGAAAAAGACUUUAAAAUAUUUGGUAAUACACAAAAGCAUAUUUUGGUGUUCACUUUGUUUGUUGUAGAGACAGUACCAUUAGUAACUGAUCAUAACUGGGCUGCCACCCACUGAAACCGAUGCGAGAUUUAAGGAGUGCAGGACAUAAAACAAUUAGCGAUUUAAAGGGCCAUACCAGUGUUUAGCAUGUUAGCCAAAGCAGUCCGUGAUAUUUCAAAUUUAGAAGGCGUUUUUUUACCGUCUUUGAACGUUCACUUCAGGCAGUAUAAAAAUCAACUGGCAGAGACUUGAAAUUAGCUCAUUAUAAAUGCAAGUUGACUUUCAUGCUGUAUGGGAACGAAUAGAAAACUUGUUCAAAAUGUGGGGGAUUGGCGCUUAUUUGCUUCCCAAGAGUGAGAUGAGAAGAUUGACACCAGUCUCAUGUCCGUGUGUUCAUUACAAAGCUGGAGUCAGGACUGGAGUUAGCUUAGCUUAGCAUAAAGCCUGAAAGUUCAGAAAUACACCCCUAUGGAUCACUAAUUUACAGGAUGUGUGUAGUUUGUUUAAUCUGUACACAAACCGAAAUGUAAAACGAUAAGUUUUAGAGGGAGUUAUGUUUUGUUUAUGUUGAACUACUUCUUAAAAAAAAAUAAUAAUAAUAAAAGAUGUGUAAAAUGUUCAAAAAUAAUAAGUAUUUGUGUAUAUGUAGUAAAUGGCCACAACAUGCAUAAACACUGACAUGCCCUUUUUAAGUGAAACAACUUCUAACCCUUUAAAUUUCUCAGCACUAAAUGUCCACAUGAUUCAUAUAUGCUGUAUUCUACAUCAAAUCCAUUUUUAGCUGUCAGUAACUGUCAUUGAGCCUUUUGAGGGACAAUUCUGUGCUGUUUCUGAAGACCAAUUAUGAUAACGGUAUUUAAAGGUGCUCGGAGCCAACAUUAUGUGCCAAAUCUUAACAUUUCACUUAGUUUUCAUGGUUGAAGAGCGUUGUGCAGAAAAAAAGAUCUCGCAUACAAAUUGCAAUUCCAAAUCGGUAUUAGAAAUACUGUACUAAUAUUGUGUACUUUGCAGUGUUCUAUAGAAGAAGAAAAAGCACUUACUAUAAGCAACCUACUGAUUUAAAACGGGAAAUCUCUCUUGAUUUCUGUGCUGCCUUCAGUGUCUUUGUGAAUUAGGAAAACCACUUUAUUCUACCUAUGCUGUAAAUUAGUCUCACUCUAAAUAAUGCCACCUAAAUGUUGAACUUAAAUAUUCUUUCACACGUGCUUCUUACACCCACAGUGUGACCUGGAUGAGCUAGCCGAAGCUGCUGUCCUGAGCACUGUAUUUAGUUUUGCUCCAUUGCACAAAAUGUUUUACAUACUUUAUUUGCUUGUUCUUUCACGGGUUUUUGUGCGUUUGCAUACGAGGUAUGACAAUUAUUGAAGUGGUCCAGCUAUGGUUCUUGUUCGUUGUUGCCAUUGUGAGUGAUUUUUCUUUUUUUUUAUGUUGACAUUUUUACUUUAAGACACAGUAUUUGCGAUUUCAUACAUUGUAAAUGUUGUACAGAAUCUAGUUACUAUUUACGUGCAAGUCAUUUUGCUUAAGAAGUCUCUUAGAGAGUUUUGACACAAAAUAAGAUAAAAUGUGUUGUAGAUUAUAAUAUGAAGUCAGUAAUAUAUAGCACACUUGAAAGUGUCACAGCCAAAGUAUUUAACUGGAAUAAUAUUGAACAUGAUGGAAAAAAAAAUAGAUCAUAGUCGGUCACAUCUCACAUGUGUUGACUUUGACUUCUUUUACGUGUGUAUUGCACAUGGAAUUAUGGGUGACCAUGUUGUAGAAACUAGAUGUGUAAAUAAAAUCCAUUGGCUUUGG